AUGCGGCCUCCCUUCAUAUGUCUUGGAUCCAGGGAGCGAGCCACGUGCACACUCCGUUACAGCUGCCAAUCGUGUCCUCUUUUCACCUUUCCCCCUUGCCAUGCAGCGUGGCACUGUUUCCCGCCAUCCAACCCCCUUCCCUUCCUCCUCGUUCGCCUCUCCCCUUUCUCCUCACCUCAGCCGCUUCUCCUAACAGUCGCUACCGCGCUCUACCACAUAUGCUACAUGGCGGAAGCUGCCAGGAAGCUGGGCUUGGACGGGUCGGCGGCGGCGUUUGUCCCGUUGUGCAGGGAGCUGGCCAAUGACAGCGAGCCUGAGAUCCGCCAGACGCUCGCCGAGCAGAUUCCGCAGCUGCUGCGCGCAUAUGCCCCAGUACGCCCUGCCUGCGCGCAUAUGCCCCGGUACGCCCUGCCUGCGCGCAUAUGCCCCGGUACGCGCUGCCUGCGCGCAUAUGCCUCGGUACGCCCUGCCUGCGCGCAUAUGCCCCGGUACGCCCUGCCUGCGCGCAUAUGCCUCGGUACGCCCUGCCUGCGCGCAUAUGCCCCGGUACGCCCUGCCUGCGCGCAUAUGCCUCGGUACGCCCUGCCUGCGCGCAUAUGCCCCGGUACGCCCUGCCUGCGCGCAUAUGCCCCAGUAUGCCCUGCCUGCGCGCAUAUGCCCCGGUACGCCCUGCCUGUGCGCAUAUGCCCCGGUAUGCCCUGCCUGCGCGCAUAUGCCCCGGUACGCGCUGCCCUGCCCUGCUGCACCGCCCCUGUGUUGCUUGCCCUGCCCUGCCCUGCGCCAGUACGCCCUGCCCGCGUGCAUAUGUCCCGGUAUGCACUGCCCCUGCUGCUGUGUGCCCCUGCCCUUCCCUUCACCCGUGCACCCCACCUGCACUUCUUUCGAUGUACACGUGCAUGUGCAUACGCAUGUACGUAG